UUUCGAAGUCAUAAUUAGAUGGCUGUUGACGAAUUUAGUUGUGAUUAAACCGAUAAAAAAAUCUUUUGAAUUCGUUUUCUAUACAAUUUGGGGCUAAGAUCAAUAAUAUUAUAUCGAUUGUGCUGUUUGUUUUUCAACUAACGUAGAAAGUUCAAGAUUUUCCGUGUCUUCGCAUCUACAUUUUGUUUGGCUCAACCACACUACCUUUGACGUUUCCAUGUCGUCAAUUAUUACCAUCGAUUUAAUAUAGGGCGAUACGUUCUUCGAAUGGUCGUCGCAUGGUACGGAUACGUCAACACCAUCUUUUGUAACAUUCCAAAUCGAGAUGAUUACCCUCAAUGCCCUGGAACAGGAUGCGGCCAAAAUCCUGGAGUAUCAUGAUUUUAAGCAAUCGAAUCAAAAUCAGAUGGUGGAAGACAUGAAUUUUUGCCACAAGGGGAAAUACAGUCGCAGUGUCCGCAGGGAAAUUUUUAAGACAAUACUGGAGGACGAUACCAAGAAACAAGAAAUUUUGGAUUACAUUGAGGUUAAACGAAAAUCAGCCAAUAAAAAUUUGGAAUUAGUUAUGACAGACGAACUGGUCGAGAAAAUAAUAGCUGAACACAACCAUCACGACGAUGACUCGACGAAAUAUUGGUUUUAUCAUCUGCAUCCAUCCUAUUCUCCAAUCGAAAUCAUAGAACGCCAUGAAGCUGCAAUUGCUUCGAUCAGUCAACGUGAAAUCGACCAUUAUGAGCACAGAGAGGAAUUGAUUAAAUGUGGGGAGCACUGGAUGGAAUAUUACGAAUUUAAUUUGCUGGACUUUGAAGUGGAAAUCGCUAGAGACCUAUACCGAAGCAUGGUUGAGUUAAUGUACGAUGGUCUGACAGCUCGUAUGUGUAUAAAGAUUCUGCAAGACAUCCACAGUGACCAAACAUCGGCAAGGUUGCGGAUAGAUAAAAAAUUGGAGGCGGAUAAAACGCCCAUUGACGAUGAUGAUCUACGAGAAACACUUCAAAAAGUACGGAAAAAAUUCAAGUUCGAAACAGGAUCUGAAGAUGAGGAAGAAGCGUUCGUCAAGGAGCUCUUCGUUGAGAAUUGGGACGACUUCACUAUCAAUGAAAUUAAGGAACUGGUAACAGCGUUUUAUGCAGAAGAAAAGGGAACUGACGGAUCUAUUUCGGAAGAAAAAUCUGAAAGUGUGGUAGUAAUCGAUGACGAUGAUGACGAUGAUGAAGAUGACGACGUUGACGAUGAGGAAGAGGUUAGUGACAAAAAUGAAAUUAGUGACGACAUUGAAAUUAGUGAUGAUAAUGAUGCAAGCGUCGAAAAUUCACCUCCAUCGAAAAGAAGCCGAAUAAUAUAAUGUAAUCGAAAGUCAUUUGUGUAAUUUUACUACCAUUAUUUUAAUACGAUAC